UUGAAUUUAAAUUUGUGUGAAGGUAUCCCACAGACACCGACAAGCAUAUGCUGGCCACACAAACCAGGCUUAACAAGAAACCAGGUGUCUAACUGGUUUAUCAAUGCUCGAGUUCGUGUAUGGAAACCUAUGGUUGAGGAAAUACACAUGCUAGAAACCAAAGGAGUGUCCGAAACAGGAUCAGGAGUACUAUUAAAUGCUCCAAAAACCACAAAUCAUAACGAAGGUUUCGACCAAUCAAACGAAAGCAGCAGCCAACCAUUGAAUAGGCUAAAAAUGAGUUCGAUUAUCGACAAACAAAUGGAAUAUUCCUUGGCCGAGCAAGAAGAUGCCGUUGGAUCGAACGGAAAUGUGUGGAAUCAAGAAAAGCGUUCUCGUGUAGAGUAUCAUGUUCCGUCGGGCCCCACCGAUGGAUCGAUGAUGGAAUAUUCCUUGAUGAUGCCUUCUCAUCGAAGUGGGCCCGAGAUGGGCGGGCUUGGUUCGGUUUCACUUACGUUGGGAUUGAGACAAAGUGCCGAGAGUGGUCAACGGUCACGUUUUGGAGGUCAGAUUAUUCGAGACUAUGUUGGCUGAUUAUAUCUAUAUAUAGUGUUAAUGUAAUGUAGUCUCUUUAAUUAGCUGCAAUAAUAUUGGGUGCUUUGUGGGAUUUUAAGGUAGAAAUAGAAAAGCCUGAGAAAAAGGGAAAAAAAAAAGUCGAAAAUCGAAAAUUUCAAGAAAAAGAUGCAAUUUUUAGUUGGAAUACCGAUGGAGAAAAUGUGCAUGUAGUGGUACGGUGAUAUAUAUUUUGAAAACGAAGUGUCGAAAUAUGGUUUCUUGCGGCUUAUAUAUAUAUUCGGAAUUUUUGGUGUUUGGUUUUG